AUUGAUCAACCAGCGCUUAAUCUGUUCGCGCGGGACUUCUAUGUCUUAGCUGAAAACGAAGAGCGACUGGCCUAUUUGCAAUUGAUCAGAGACGUGCUAGUGCUUCUGCAUGCGCCUGCUGAGUCGGCCACACAAGACGCCGAGGAGAUCAUUGAGUUUGAAACCGCUCUCGCUAAUGUUCGUUUUACUACAACUUGA